CACCGCUAUUGUGCGGGGGAAGAUGUAGCUGCCUCUUCUCCGAACCACCCCUUUGCCUCCGGACUUCUCUGGGGCCAGCAGCCGCCUGAGCAGGGGCCAGGGGCCGCGGGCUCAGCCGACGACCAUGGGCUCCGUGUCCAACCAGCAGUUUGCAGGUGGCUGCGCCAAGGCGGCGGAGGAGGCGCCCGAGGAGGCGCCGGAGGACGCGGCCCGGGCUGCGGACGAGCCGCAGCUGCUACAUGGUGCCGGCAUCUGUAAGUGGUUCAACGUGCGCAUGGGGUUCGGCUUCCUGUCCAUGACCGCCCGCGCCGGGGUCGCGCUCGACCCCCCUGUGGACGUCUUUGUGCACCAGAGUAAGCUGCACAUGGAGGGCUUCCGCAGCCUCAAGGAGGGUGAGGCAGUUGAGUUCACCUUUAAGAAGUCUGCCAAGGGCCUGGAAUCUAUCCGAGUCACUGGACCUGGUGGGGUGUUCUGUAUUGGGAGUGAGAGACGGCCAAAGGGGAAGAACAUGCAGAAGCGCAGAUCAAAAGGAGACAGGUGCUACAACUGUGGAGGUCUAGACCAUCAUGCUAAGGAAUGCAAGCUGCCACCCCAGCCCAAGAAGUGCCACUUCUGCCAGAGCAUCAGCCACAUGGUAGCCUCGUGUCCACUGAAGGCCCAGCAGGCCCCUAGCGCGCAGGGAAAGCCAGCCUACUUUCGGGAGGAAGAAGAAGAGAUCCACGGCCCUGCCCUGCUCCCAGAGGCCCAGAAUUGAGCCACAGUGGAUGGGGGCUAUUCUUUUGCUAUCAGGAAGUUUCAAUGAGCAGGCAGAGUGGAGAAAGUGGGGAUAAGGGUGUGUUGGGGGCAGUUGGCACUGCCCUGUAUCUCAGGCCGGGUUCACGGCAUCACCCCUUCUUCCCUCUUGGUGGGGGGAAA